AAAGGUGCUGGUGCAGAAUUUACAGACCAGCCGCACAAAUUCGAUCAUCGCCGGAGAUCCAGCCGUUGGAUUGAGCUGAAAUUUUCAGAGGUUGUUCCCAACACUUAGGGCUUCAAUCUGUUCAAUUUUCACAUCAAUCGGAGCUACGGAUCUUCUGUAAUCGCAGCUGGUGCGACGCUGCAUUUUUGGGUGAUAAUCCUGAUUUUCUUUCUCUAUUGUUGAUGCCUCUUAUGUAUGUUGUUGUUGGUGGGCUGUGACAUCCUUGUAGACUGAGUUUGAGUGUUUUUACCCUCAAUUUGCAUAAUAAGAGAAGAAGAGGGCGGACUCCCUAUAAGUCCCGUGGUUUUUAUCCUUCACAUCGAAGGGGUUUUCCACGUAUAAAAAUCGUGUGUCGUUUGCAUCUUUGUUCUUCAUAUUUGGUUGUGGUUUAUUUGAUGUGUUGCUGAUUUUAUGUGCUUGGUUAAUCAAUAGUGGUGAAUUGGGUUAAGUGUUUGGUUGAUUGUCUUGAAGUUGAUCCUUAAGGGCUUUCUUUAGAUUCUCCCCAAUCACUUCCCGUCUUCCCUUAUCUUCUUCUUCUCCUCUAUUAAUACCUUUCAAAUACUCCCAAAAUUUCUCUAUCCCACAACAUCCUAAAGAAACCGCCGGCCUCCUCCUUCUUCCUCAAAAAACCCGCCUGCACCCUCGUCGCCGUUUCCCUCGGGUCUCCAUCCUGUCCGCCGCCCCAUGGCGGUCACUCCCACCGCACAAUCCGCCGCCGCCUCCUUCGAUCUCCUCGAGCGCCACUUGUCCGCGCAGAACUUACGGCAGGCCGACGCGGAGGCGCGCCGCCUGCUCAUCGCGCUCGCCAGAGACGACGCCGCGCAGGAGCGCGGGUACGUUCGGAAGUCCAGUUCAUCCCCGCGCCAGAUCUGCGCUGGAUCGACUCCUGUGGAGCAAUUACAGUUACGUCCUUCCGUUCUCAGGUCUGCUGCUGAUGGUGAAUUGCGCAUUUAGAAAACAGUGAAGCUUCCACAAAUUUCAUCUGCCUGAUUUAAUUGAUGAAGGAGAUGAUGAUAUUUUCUUCAAAAUCAACCUCUCCAUGCAUCACCGCGCACAAGGGUGCGGGUGGGACAGAGGAUGCAACUCCCUGCCCGCCGGCCUAUUCUAGAAACGCAACCGUCCGGCAUAUGGGACACGAAGUAUUCUAGGCCAGCCACUAGGAAAGAUAUUGCCCAUGGAAUGAGUGGGAGCAUGGUGGGAACAUCGAUAGCUCCUCACCCGGCU